AUGAAUGAUGACACAGUCACAUGGGAAAUUCUAGGAAAGGGAAAAUGUUCCUUCAAAAAAAAAACUCAAACGCAAAUGUUCUGUAUGAACGAAUACAAUGUUACUGGAUUAUGUACGAAGGUAAAUUGCCCACUAAGUAACAGUGUAUAUGGUACUGUCAUAUUAGAUAAAGGAGAAAUUUAUUUAUAUUUAAAAUAUCCAGAGAGGGCUCAUUUGCCAAGCAUUAUGUGGACUAGAAUCCUGUUAAGCCAAAAUAAAAAAGAAGCUUUUAAUGUUAUAUAUAAAGAAAUGAAAUAUACACAUAACAUAAAACAAAUAAAAAAAUGUAUGAAAAGAUAUAUAAGGUUUAAAGAAAUUUUAAAAAGGAGUAGAAAAUUAAUAUUGCAAAAACAAGUAAAACUAGUUCCAAUUAAAAAAAAAACAGAAAGGAGAGAUAGAACAAGGGAAAAUAAAGCUCUUAAAGCAGCUAACAUUUUAAAUAACGUUGAAAAGGAAUUACUCAACCGAUUGAAUAGUGGGACGUAUGGAAAUUUGUAUAAAUUUCUGACCCCCAAAAAGAAGGUUAAAAAUAAGGACUCUGAACUGGCGAAGAUGUUUGAACAGCUGGAGGAUGAGAAUGUCUUGAGGGACAAGAAGAUGAAGAAGACGAAGAAGAUGGUGGAGGAGCAGGAGGAUGAAGAGGUUGGUGAGGAGGAGGUUGGUGAGGAUGAUGAUGAGGAGGAGGUUGGUGAGGAUGAUGAUGAGGAGGAGGUGGAUGAAGACGAAGAUGAUGACGAAGAUGAAGACGAAGAUGAUGACGAAGAUGAUGACGAAGAUGAAGACGAAGAUGAUGACGAAGAUGAUGACGAAGAUGAUGACGAAGAUGAUGACGAAAAUGGUAGUGACGAAAAUGAUAGUGACGAAGGUGAUAGUGACGAAGGUGAUAGUAACGAAGGUGAUAGUAACGAAAAUGAUAGUGACGAAGAUUAUGUCGUAUCGAACUCGGAUGGGGAACCCAAAAAGGGAAAGACGAAAAGGAAGAAAAAAUACAUAAAAGAACGUGUGGAUGCAGAGCACAUCAAAAAUUUACAGGAGGAAGGGAAAUUGUUUGAUGACGAUGAAGUAGAAGAGUUUGAUAGAACUUUCACAAAAAAAAGGAGAAACAAGGGCAGUAAUAAGAAAGGGAAAAAGAAGAUUCGAAUAGUAUACGAAAACGAUUAG